AUGACACAGACUUUGAUAAGCCUCAACUAUCUGUCCAGGAUGCGACUCAUUUGCGUCUACGUCCUUUUCGUGUAUUUAUUGGCGCCAAUUGAGUGCACGAGUGACGCGAUACCCACCAUAUAUCCUGUCCCAUUGCAAAAUGAGACCGUAAUGCCGGAGGAAUACAGGCACUUACCUUUAGUGGGAAAAUGUUGCUCCAUAGACGAGGUCCUCAUAAAAGAUGCACAGGGGAAUACCAUUUGUGCUUCUUCGAAUGACUCGUCGAUGUAUUUUUCGCCUCUCUUCAGCGACUUCAAUCGCACCGGCGCGCUGGUACCUGGCGACGAAUAUAAAACAUUCACCGCUCUCAUCGGAAAUCCCUGCAAUCAGAGGUAUAUGCUACAACCGGAGGAGAACAACGAUGACGAAUAUUAUUUAUUGGUGAAUGGUUCUAUCUUCGCGCCACGACUCGAUCAUGUACCGAUUAUGUUGAUGCCCGGUAAGAAUUAUUGCAUGGAGAUUGUACCCGAGCUGGGACUUCGAGCAUUUGUCUGUUUUCAAGAUGUUGUCGUUUCGACCACGGAUACGCGGGUCAUCAUUUAUGCCUGCGGCCUCCUGAUCUCAGUUCCUUUUCUGAUACUUACUAUUGCGGCAUAUACGAUAACGCCAAGGUUGAGGGACGUCCACGGAAAAGCCCUUUGCCACUAUUGCGGCUGCUUGGUACUGGCCUUUACCACCUUGGCCAUUACGCAACUCGCGAGCGCGCAAUUAUCAUCUCAAGUCUGCGUUAGUAUAGCAUUCGUCAUCCAAUUCUCGUUCGUGGCCUGCUUCUUCUGGCUGAACGUGAUGUGCAUCGAAACUUGGGCACUGGUACGCCACCAUGUAAACCAGCGCUCGUAUAGGAGAAUCCAGCCUAAAACGCUGUUCUUCUAUUACUCGAUAUGGGCCUGGGGCUUCCCGGCGGGUCUCAUUCUCGUCUCGAUGUCGAUGGAUCUCAGUCCUACAAUACCCAUGACCUACGUCAAGCCCGCUUUUGGUAGCGAGAGCUGCUGGUUCAAAUCCGAUGCAGAAGCCAUGCCGUAUUUCUACGUACCGGUCGGUAUCCUUCUGUUAGCGAACACGAUUCUCUUUAUAAUCACUGCUGUCAAAAUCAGUCGGUACCAGCAAGUGAUCGCGCUGAGACGUUUAGCGAGGAAUCACCAUUCCGAUCGGGAAGAUCAAAGGCUCUUCCGUAGACUCAAGCGAGUCUUUAUCGUUUGCCUCGUACUUUUCUUUCUGAUGGGUCUCAAUUGGAUGAUGGAAUUAAUUUCUUGGGGGGUUGGCGGCGAUCCUUUCGACUGGACAGCGUUUGACUUAGUGAACGCACUUCAGGGUGUCCUCAUCUUCGGCCUGUUCGUUCUGAGAAGGCCUAUCAGGGACUUUGUUUGGCAUAGAAUACAGAAGAUACGGGGAAUAAACACCACGGAACUAUACGUCGGAAGUAUGGACCUGGCGCUACUACCUGUGAUAAACGGCGAUAUUCCAGAGAGAUCGUUUAAUGAUUCUUAGAAAAAUUCUUAGAAAAAGACUAAUCUUUUUCUUAACGUGACAAGAUGCAUUUAAUACAGGCCGAAGUGACAUCGGCCGUAAACUUAAAGUGAUCGAUAAACCGAUAGACCGAGGAAGGAGCCGGGAUAUGUGGUCUCAUGACGAUGUGAUGAAAGUUAUUUUAUUUUCGCUGUGUGCAACAGCGAAACAGAGUCACCUUCUCGAACGAUGUCGCUUAUGAAGAGAUAUAAAAUCUUAUUAGUGUGAUUUCGUUGCAAACCACUUGAGAAACCUACUCAAGUUAAUUAAUUAACCUGCGAGAUUCGACGCACGCGGAACUUUCGCCCUUAAAGGAGAUUAUUUAUAAAUAUUUAAUUGAAUCACAAUUUUUAUAAGUAAUAGUUCUAGUCUUUUUUUGCAAUAAUCUAAUUGUAAAUAUCAAGGCGCAUAUCGAGGCGCGCACGAUGCGUUUUAAUCUCGAGUAAAAUAUAUCAAUAAAGGAAAUAUACGACGUGACUUUGCGCGUUGAAUUGCAGUCGAUUUCGCGACGUUAUGUGAACAAAUUUUUUUCUGCAAGGUAAUAUGUUACAUAACGCAUUCGCCCACCUUCGCGAAACAUAGUACAUAUUGCGAUGUUAUUGCACUAAUUACAUAAUUGUGGAAAACAGACAACGGAUAGACCUCACUCAAGGAUCUCAAAUGAUAA